GCAAAAUAUGUAUGGGGGGGAGAACAAGCGUUUCAGCCAAUGGCAUCAUCGCAAAUUUUUACGUCAUGGAAUUACGUCACGUUCCUUCCAUGUUCUUAGGAAAUCCACGCGAUUGACGCCGAAUCAAGAUGUUUUCGUCAUUAUUUGACACCGUUAAACGUAACCAUUUUUCGAGCCCGUUCACCACGACGGCCCGAUGUGAAGGCGAAGUUGCACCGGCACCGACACCGUCAUUAGAAAAUGUAUCACAAAUUUCACCUGCCGAAGUAACGGCGCCGAAGCUUGCAAGUGUCGGGGAAGAGACCAGUUGCGACUUUGGCUCGGCCAAGUACUAUGCACUGUGUGGCUUUGGUGGUAUCCUCAGCUGUGGGGUGACACAUACCGCCCUCGUACCUCUAGAUCUUGUCAAAUGCCGUAUCCAGGUUGACCCAGAGAAAUAUGUAGGCAUCUUCAAAGGCUUCAGAGUCACGUUGAAAGAGGAAGGCUUCCGGGCACUCGGUAAGGGCUGGGCACCCACUGCCAUCGGCUACUCCAUGCAGGGUCUCUGCAAGUUUGGCUUCUAUGAGGUCUUCAAGAGUCUCUACAGCAAUCUGUUGGGAGAGGAGCGUACUUUCUUGUACCGGACCUCCCUGUACCUGGCUGCCUCGGCCAGCGCUGAGUUCUUUGCCGACAUUGCCCUGGCACCGAUGGAAGCCGUCAAGGUGCGGGUUCAGACCAUGCCUGGCUUUGCCAACACUCUGAGGGAGGGCGCCCCCAAGCUGUGGGCUAUGGAGGGCAUCAGAGGCUUCUACAAGGGUCUGCCCCCUCUCUGGCUGCGACAGAUCCCGUACACCAUGAUGAAGUUCGCCUGCUUCGAGCGGACUGUGGAGUUCUUGUACAAGCACGUCGUGCCCAAGCCACGGUCGGAGUGCUCCAAGCCUGAACAGCUGGUCAUUACUUUCCUGGCUGGUUACAUCGCUGGUGUAUUCUGUGCUAUUGUCUCUCACCCUGCUGACACCGUUGUAUCCAAGCUGAACCAGGACGCCGGCAGCACACCUCUGGAGGCUGCCAAGAAACUUGGCAUGGCUGGCUUGUGGAAGGGUCUGUUCCCCCGUAUCAUCAUGAUUGGCACCCUGACUGCCCUCCAGUGGUUUAUCUAUGACUCCGUCAAGGUCUACUUCAAGCUGCCCCGCCCACCACCACCAGAGAUGCCCGAGAGCCUCAAGAGAAAGCUGGCCGCCAAAGAGGGCAACUAAGCCCAAUUAGGAAUCCAGCCCGUUUAGGAACAACACCAGCCAUUAGGAAACAGAUGCAUUGUCAAAAUUAGGAAAUAGUCACAAAAUUAAACCACGGAGAAAUGAGCCAACCAAGUUAAUUACAUAGAUAAUUUGGAAUAUUAGGGACUACAAACAUAUAACUUUUUUCCCACCUAUAUAGGUCUGUAAAUUAUCAGUUACGAACGUAAACAGGAAGGAAGAUCAUUUUCCCUGUUUUUUUUCUUAUUUCCUCCUGACAAUUUCGCCUGUUUCAUCAGGAAAGUAAUUUUCCUCACUUUUAGUUUCAGUUAUACACUGUACUUCAAUUGUAAUCAACUUACAAUCCAUAAACGGCAGUUGGAGUUUUUCAAAUAUUUGCCUCAAAGCGAAAUGGGAUCUGUGUGGUCUUCUUAUUGUUAAGUUUCAAAACAUCUCCUCAAUAUUUUUUUAAGGGAUGCGGUGCUUUCUUUGUUUCUGUUCACGCUUUCACAAGUUUCAGAACACAUUGUCAGAUUGUAUAAUUUCUUCGAAAAAGCAGGAGAAUUUCCAUUCUUUAAUCGCAUGAACAUAUAAAUUCAUCAUCUGCUGCAUGUUGUUGACUCGACAGUGAGAACGAAGCUUCGUUUUUUUAAAGAAUUCAAAAUUGUGCUAUGGAAUGGACAAGCGGUUGUUGAUGGAUUUUUUUGGUGUAACAUUUUCUUGUUUAAAAAUAAACAUUGAAGGCUUGUUCAUACUUCAAAAGAUAUCGGAUGUGCCAUGUUGGAUUUAAAAUGUAUUCAACUUCUGUGAAAUUGCAUCAUUAAUAUUUUUAACCGACAUCAAAAACUGUUUUGAAGUAUGAACCGCCUUAAAGAGCCAAGCUGUGUUUCUCCAGAUGCGUUUUUAAGAUACCUCACCAGAUAUUAACUUAUAGUAAACUUGCAUGGCUGGCAGCUUACAAGAAGAUGGGGAAGAAAAUUGAUCCACUUAUUUGACGAGAAAGAUAGCGAAGUAUUUUUUAAUACAAUGAUAUUGCAGUGUUUGUGACUAUAAUUGACUAUUUUAUUGUAAUAUUUAUGGUGUACAAAAACCCUGCAUUGUAGUUUAACCUCCUGUGUGAACAUUUUACAUCCACUUUUCCCGACGCAUUUAACAACGAAAAAAAACCUCAAUGAGUUGAUCCAUGUUUUGACAGUAUUGAACAUCCAAGAAAUUAUAAUUGAAUAAAGAAGGAAUUGAGUUCCACAA